AAAGGAAAAGAAAAAGUCAAGUAGUAAAAAGACUUUAAGUGCCAGUAUUGCGUUUCUGACCUCUUGAAAUGAUCGUUUAGUUUGGUCUUAAAAUUGUCAGCUGGAAGUCGUCAAAACAGAGUCGUUAUGACCGAGCCACGGCUGCUGUUUAUAGAUAUUGAACCCAAGUCAGGUCGGUUGAGCUCUGUUAAAGACACCCAGCAGAACCCAGAGAGAGCGGAGAAACGACUCUGGACAUGCAGUGACAACGCCUUCAAAUUCAACUUCUUCUCAGAGGACUCUCCAGUUCCGCAGCAGGAAACGGCUGCUUCGGACGGGAACUCGCCUCCUGCCAAAGCCACAGGACUGACGGCCUUCACAGGGCAGGGCUCUGAGUUUGCCUUCAACUUCCAAAUCCCUCCUGUCCCACCUGAAGGCAUGAACUCAGAGACAACAGCCAUCCAAACAGUCUCUCCCCCAGACUCCCAAAGUUCUGCCAAAAAACAAAAGCCUUCCGAUGCAGGGAUUGAUAGCCCACUGUCGGAGUCAGCAGUGUCAUCCAAAGCCAAGAAAAAGAAGAAAUCUGGAAAGAAGAAGGUUCCAGAUAGUGCCGGAGCGCAACAGAACUCGGCCGAGGGGAAUCGGGGAGAUGAAGGCAUGGUGCUGACUGCAGAACAGCAGCUGGAACGAGAGCUGGACUGGUGCAUGGAGCAGCUGGAACUGGGAAUGAGGACCCAAAAGGGGACACCAAAACAGAAGGAGGAAGCAUCUCGUGCACUUAAGACUCUGCGUAGCUCCAAAGCCCCUUUAGCCAAGAAGAGGCAGGUGAUGAGAGCUAUGACCGGAGACUACAGGAAGAAAAUGGAGGAGGAGAAGGGGAAGCAGUUGAAACUUACUCAGACCGCAAUGACAUCUGCUCAGAUCAAGGUUGUACCAGACUCCUCCAAGAAAUCUGUUUUCCACCGGAGAGCUGGGACAAAGACUCAGGCUGCUGACCCCGAAGAUGGGAGCAAGACACAGACUUUGCAAACUCAAGCCUCAACUUCAAACUCAAGUACAGAGAAGCAGGAGGAGACACCCCAUUUUGUCUUUACUCCUUCAAAUGAGGAGUUCUGCUUCAACUUCCUCUGAUCUGUUCCUCAGUCCUGAGCCGAGUCUGUUCUCACUCGCCAGGCUGUCUGGGUUCAGCAGUGCCUCAAGACUCGUUUGUGUAAAAUUGCAGUCGAGGUGACCUCACCGCUUAAAAGUCAAGAAGGAGUGAGUGAAUAAGGAAUGACACAAUCGGACAACUACACUGCCAAGGUCUCCAACGAAAUGCAAUACUAAAGAAUGCAGAAAUGCAUUCUGCGGGCUUUUGAAUAUUUACUUGCAUUAUUUGGUCUGCCUUAAAUUACCUGAAAUUAUAGCAUCCAGUGAAUUCUUCCCAUAAAGUUCUCUUUAUUUCUAAAUAACUUCAAUAAAUCUA